CCAGGAAGUGCAAAGCAGGAAGUUUUAAAAGUUUAUUAACUUUUUAGAGAGCUGUUGAUUUUUUAUUGUAUGCUAGCUAGAAGGAAGAUAUACUAAAUUAAUUGUAUAUUUUAUAAAGAUUAAGAUGCCGUCCAAGUCCAAGUUGCCGCCUCCCCCUGCCCGCUCAGGUGGUGGUCGCCCUCUCCCUCCAGACCCAACGUCUUUUGGAUCUAGUGACGCACCCCCUCCGCUGCCAUCCCGCCCUGCCCCACAUCGAUCAGGUAGAGGUGCACCCCAACAGCCACCACAACCCACACAUGACAGUUCAGACUGCGAAGAAGCCUAUGAGGAGCCGGACAGCUCAGCUGCCCCACCACCCCCUGUUGUCCGCCACAUGCCCCCACCCCCUCGAGGACCUGUGGAAGAGGAAACGUAUGACGCCUGCGAGAUCGAACAGCAAGAAGAUGAGUUUGAACAGGAGGAAUACGCUGAAUGUGAACUUAAAGAGGAGCCGGAAGCACAGGGGGAUUCUUUGUAUGAAAUGGGUGAUGUCGAAGAUGAGGUAGAGGAAGAGUCUGAGGAGGAGGAAGAGGACCUCCCUCCCCCACCCCAGGAGGAAUUAAUCCAGGAGGACACAUAUGAGUUUGUGCCUGGGGAGGCAAUGACAGCAGAGCCCACUCACCCCGUCCCACCUGUACCCCCGUCCCUUCCCAGCCGCCCAGCACCUUCACGACCUAUGCACAGGGAUGCCAGUCCAGAGCCUGUUCCGGAACGACCUGCAGCGAAUAAAACCAAAAAAGUAUCGGGUGACGGUGCCGUUAUGUUGGGUAUUUCCCAAAACGAGCUAGCAAACAAACUUAACAGACUAAAGAAAAUUUCGACGUCUGAAAAUUCGGAACCUCCCCCAAAACAGGAAGUACAAAAGCAAGAGACGGCACCUGUUGGCUCAUCUUUUCAACAACGAAUGGCUUUGUUCAAAACGGCAGAAAAAGAUGACCCUGAAGGUGACGGGUCCGACUUAAGCUCACAAAUUGCUAAUGCUCGAAAAUCUUUAAAAUCCCGCCCUCAACUGCCUUCAAAACCCAGACGUUCAAAUUCCCCUCAAACAACCCUUUCUGUACAAGCAACUCCAAAUAUAGGUAAUUCAAAAUCAGAUAGUGAUUACAGAGGUGCAAAGCCUAAAAUUGCUGUAAGAAAUCGCUCCCCUACGCCUGUAAGAACUCCACCAGAUUUUGAUAAUAAUGAAAACAUGCCAAGUUUAACUAUAAAACAAAGAAUGGCAUUGAUCAGUGGCAUACAUAGUGAAACUCCAUUUAAAGCCAGCAAUAAGAAUUCAGAAACCCAAGACAAACCCCCUCUCCCCGUAAAGCCCAGUAAGCAACCCCCACGCACCCCUGCAAAGCCUGGGAAAACUGCACCUGGGAGUUUACAGCCCAAGAGCACAGUACGCCCUUACGGCUAUGACCUCGUUCCAUCAAGAACAACAGACAGGGAUACCACAGCUAGUGUGCAGAUGAAGCCCAUGGAAAAGCCAGUUACUCCAGUGGUAGAAAGAAAGAUAACUCCUGCCCCCGCCCCACCCCCGCCACAACCGCCUGCUCAGGAGUGGGAGCAAGAUGAUGUAUAUGACGAUGCCUCCAGCUAUGUUCCCCCUCAAGAUCCCCUGAGUAAGGAGGAGUGGUACCAUGGUAACAUAGAACGUCGCGAAACUGAGUCACGCCUUAACCAAAUCGGACAGGAUGGAACAUUCCUUGUUCGCAAGAGUAAACAGGGCGGAGACAAGCAGCCGUACACGCUGGUCGUCUUAUACCAGAGUCACGUGUACAACCUGAAGGUCCGUGUACGAGACGACAAUCAGGUUGCCCUCGGGGAAUGGAAGGACGAUGAACUGGCAUUUCAAGACGUAUCCACCUUAGUCGACCAUCACAAGAAACAUGAAGUGAUUCUGGUCAAUGUCAAGCAAAACAAACAAUAUCAAACCCUCCUGCGACGAUUCCCCAUCAGAAUCAAUGGAUUCUCAUAGAAGUUACCUCCCUCGUGGAUGUUUUAUUACCUCCCUUGUGGAAGUUUUAUUAUCUCCGUUUGUGGAUCUUCAGUUGGAAAUGCAUUUCCAUACGUGAUCUUCAGUGGAAUUGCAGACGUUAAAUUUUCCAGGAAAUCCUAAUAAUUCUUUUAGGGUUAUGAUAAAAGUCUGUGGAAUGUUUUUUUUAUUUAAUUCUUUAUUAAUUUUGCUCUUUUUUCUGUAUAAGCUAAAUAGCCAUUCAUUUGCUUGGCACCUUGAACUGUUUACUCUAUGCUAAGUAUAACCAACUAUUUUGAAUAAUUAUUACAGGUAUUUGUAUAAAGGUUAAUCUUGCAUUUCUUUUUUAAUUUCUGUUUUAUAAAAGUACUACAUAUCUGUAUUUAUUAAAUGAUAAAUUGUAGUUUGUACCAACAGUUGCAACUUGCACUUAGGGAACCCGGAUGAAUUUGAAUUUUGAUCAAAGACUUUUGUAUUUGCCAGUUGUAUUCAAUGUUUUUCAUAAUUUCAUUUUAAAGGGUUCAAUUAAAAAAAAUAUUUGCAAUGUUUUUUUGUGGAACCUUAUGGAAGUUGAGUUAUUUUGCUUCCUUUAAUGAACAAACAACGAACAGCAACUGACAGCUAUUCACUUGAACAAAAUUUUAUUAAUAAGAGCCUUAAAAUCAAUUCAAUGUUCAAUAGUGUUACUAUGAAUUUUCGGCAGAAUAGAGCGUUUUCAAUCACAUUUUUAAGAACUUAUUAAGGUUAGAGCUCUUAUAUGAAUUUGUGGUGAUGUUUUAUCAAUGAAACCAGCAUUUUGAUCACAUUUCACAAUUAUUUUUUUUCAAUGUCUGAUGCUAUAAAACGUGAAUGAGUGCCUUUAAGAUAUCUCAUAUACAAUUAUGUCAAUUCCGCUAACUUGUUUGGAUAAGGUGGUGCUAAAUUCUUUGAUAAAAAAUAUAAAUUUAAGUGAAUGUAUCCCGUCUGGCAUAUGUUUAUUCAAGAAAGUAAAUAUUACUAAUUUCUCCAAGCUGCAACUUUGGGCAUGAAUAUAUCUUUUUUUGAACAAGCAUGAUUGAAGAUUUAGAACUCCCUAGAAUUUAUAAAAUAUUGACAUAUUUUAGGAUAUCAUUUGAGAUUAAUGAUUUAAUUUUGCGUCCAAAUUUUAUUUUAGCGUUAGCUAAUUUUCUUUAGAUAUAGAUGUUUUCAGUUUGAGCAAAUCUGUUAAAUUUUAAACUUUACAAUCAGAUUCUGUAGAUGUAGACUUUUUGUAGAAAAAUAUGGCUAUUGAGGGCUUAUAUGUAAUUAGGCGUUUUUACGAUAAAGUGUAUUUUAUUAUUACUAAAGCAGUCCAUCCAUAAUCAAUAAAUUGACAAUAAUAUUUUCCUUCAUUCAACUCCAAACACCAUUUAUGUAUAUUAAAAAUUUGCAAAUAAUUUAAAAAUGUAAAAAGAAGAAAUUAAAUAAUGUUUUAAUAUUUUUUUAUUUAUUUAUACUAAAAAUUAUAUAACAGCAGGAUAAGUAUAAUGUUGCUAAUAUGAAUAUUCACUCAGUCUUUAUAAAAAAUCAUUCCAAAUUAUUGGGUCGAUUGUUAGAACUUUGUUGAUAUUAAUAACGGAAUUACUGACAUCGCUCGAUAUCCAAUGAUCAUGUGAAAAUCAAUAUCUUCACUGUAGUUGAAAAUACUGUUUUAUGAUGAAAAUAAUAUGUGGACAUUUAAAUCACUUGUAUGCAUUUUAUCAUAUCUUGAACUUCAUUCCACCAAGCAGGACUUUUUUGUUUAAUCAUGCUCUGAUAUGGUUAUUUUAUGUGCAUAAUAUUCCACAGUGUUAAUGAAUAAAGUAAAAAAGUUGUUUUUAUUAUAUAGUAUGUAUGCAGUAUGCAUGUACUGUACUGUUUAAGAGUAUACUUAAAAUAUUCCAUGUUGUUUAUGAAUUGAAUAAUUUUAAUGAUUAUGAGAUCUAAAUUGUUUUUGAUAAUAUAAGGGCUCAAAAUUAAAUGUUUGUUUCGGGUAACAUCCCCAAAAUUACUAGGUAGGGUAGGCAGGAUUUUUUUUAUUUAUAUUUUUAUUUUCUUGAAAAUAGCCCUACUCCUUGCAAAUGUCAAUCAUAUAUUGCAGUUGUAUGGGGUUUAAUUUGUAUGUUUAACUUUUUUUUUUUUCUUUUUUUUUUUGGACAAAAAUACUAGGGUCUGCAGCCUUUUUUAGGUAGGGUCUGGUUACCUGAAACAAACAAUUAUUUUUCAGGCCCAGUCAGUAUUUAAGCAUGUACAUUGUACACAAAUAUACAUUUUUGUAUAUUUUUAUCAGAGAUAUAUUUAUAUUGUUAUACUAUAUUUACCAGAACAUUCCACUAAUUUUAACUACCCUAGUUAAGGUAUUUCACCCACAAAACAGAUAGAAUGUCAUAGCUCUAUCAUCCAUAACAUUUAAUGGCAUCCUGUCAUAGCUCCAUCAGCCAUAUUGUUAAAUGUUGAUGCAUGAAGACCCUUUACAAUUUUGUAUUAUUUGAAAAAGAAGCUGAUUAGGCAACUAUAAAUAAGUUGCAAGAUUUUCCCCGCCCCCCCCCCCCCCCCCCCCCCCCUCGUUUUUCUGCUGCUCCUUAAAUUUGAUUGUUUAUGCAAUAAGAAAGAGAAUGAUCACAUAUUCAAUGUUUAAACAGUCAUAAAACAAUUAAGGGUGAUUCGAGUAGAAAUAAAAAUAAAUAAAUUAAAACUCAGCUUUAUUAUUCAUUUUUUUUCUGAACAUUUAUUUUACACAUUUGUAAUCAUUAUGCAAUGCUUUUUCAAAUGAUACCAAAAUUAUAUGCGGUCACCUGGCUUCAAAAUUUAAAAUUAUUGCUCAUGGUGUGGUGAAAUUACGAGGUUCCAUGAAAUACCCUAGGUGUUGGAUCACUUCUUGUGCCAUAAGCUUUGAAAACGUUAUUUAUUCCAUAUCUUGCCUUUUUUUUUACAAUUCCAUGUAUAACCCACCUAAUUUAAGAUACACAAAUAAUAUGUUAAAGCUAAAAUAAUGUAAAAAUGACAUAAUCAAAAUAUCUAUUUUAUAUAAUUAACAUGUUUUAAACAAACAAGUCUUUAGCUUAACUCUUUUUGAAGGUAUACGGUAAACACACAUUUACACUGAAAAUUGCAUAGAGGAUAAUUGUUGUUUCUGAGUAAGAUCAUAGUAUAUUUCACUGAGCGAUGUUCACAAAGUGAAAUAUUUUGUGAUUUUACACUUAAACCAACAAUUUUUCUUUUUAUUCUUUUGUCUAAAAUGUAACAUAAAAUGACAUUUUAUUGUAGUUUUUCAGAAAAGCGGGUCAAACUGUAUUUGAACGUAAUUUCCAUUUUGGUAAAUGAAGUCGUUGACAUUUUGUCCCAGCUCUGUCUGGGCACGCUGAAUCUUGAUUUGGAAGUGAGAGUGGGCUAAAAUUUCACACAGUAAAAAUAUCAAAUUGAUAUUUCACUGUGAUUUAAACAUUGAAAUAUCAUUUUUAUUUCACUGAUAAAUAUCUAUAAAUCACCAGAAAGCAUAAAAUAAAUGUGUUUAACGAGUCUCUACUCUCUCACUUGAAUAAUUGUUGAGUUAUGCCUGUUGCUUUAUUGAACGAAACAAAAGCAAAUUACCAGGGGCACUGAUAACAAACAGGUUUAAGUCUGAGUCUAGACUCAGAGUCAUCCUUAUUCUAUCAGUUUUACAAUAAUUAUCGUGAAUAAUUGUGCAAUUGCGAACAGUCAUAAAAAUUUGGUCAUCAAAAAUCAACUAGAUAAAAAGAUACAACGAAAUAAAGAUUUGCAGUUUUUCCACUGAAGUCUGGACUUCGACUGUGACUUGAGACUGUUCGUAAUCAUGGCCCCAGAAGCAACCACAUACAUUCUGGGAACAAAAUAUUGCCAUUUGUUAUAAGAUUUUAGUAUGCAAUUAGUUAGUAAAUGUUUUAUGUAAAAAAUAUGAUAUAAUAAUUCUGUGAUUCAUGUUAAUUGACGGGUUUGUGUGUGUAAACUUGGCUGUGUAGUUAUUCUAAAUAAAGGCAUUUAAAUCGUUUGUUUUCUAACCUCAUCUGUAAUUGUUUGUGUGUCUGCAGAUUAAUUCUUCCACUUCUGUAAUUAAGCUGAAAUAAAUAUGAACAAUUAUUAA